CCUCCUCUCCCUUCUCCUCUCUCUCUCUCUCUCUCUCUCUCUCUCUCUCUCUCUCUUGGUUGAUGGUGACGGUCGGCCAUAAUAGUGCUGACGUGUAAGGGUCACGUAGUGUGUGAUGAGUGUGGAAACAAACACACCUAUUGGAUGUGUUACAAAUCAUGUCGGUCGGUAUUAUCGACAUGGCUAGAUAUGCAGAGUACAAGUGCUCUGCAUGUAAAAAAGAAAUAAAGAACAUCGUGCUUCAGUGCAGGAAAUGUGUAAAACUGUUUUACCAUCCAGGAUGUGCAAGCAAACAUCGAGUGUACAAUAGGUGCCAGGAGUUGGUGAAAUGCGAAGGUCCUUUCGAAGAAUUAAAAAUCGAGAGUGAUAGAGAUUAAAUGAGGAGAGAGAUAGCGGCAGGAAGUAAUAGGGAGAGAAUAGGAUCCGUAGGGUCUGUGGGAGUAGCAGCAGAUGCAUCGGGGAGCUCGAGUAAGUCAACAACAACGAUGGAUAUGAGAAUCGAUUGGAUUGUGAAAACAAUUAGAGAGAUGAAGGAUGAAAUAACGGGUAAAAAGGAAAUCAAGUCAUUAAUUAUGGAAAUAAUUAGAUGUGAAUGUGAGGAUAUUAAAAAGGAACUAAAGCAAGUUAUAAUCGAACAGAUGGGUAGAGUGAAGGAGGAGAUACAAAACUGGAAGAGUGAAGGAGUAAAUAUAUUAAAUGAAACAGUGAAAACUGAAUUGCAAAAGGGAUUAUGUCAUACAUCGGUGACAAAUUCGGAAACAGGAGAGAUAAAGAAAAGCUACAGUGGAGCUGCAAAAAACCAAAGAGAAUCGGUAUUAAUUGUCAAACCAAAGAACGGAGAGAAGAAUAAUUUAAGUGAGAAUACAAAAAAAAUUGAUAUAGCGAAGUUAGGUGUCGGAAUUACGAAAAUGAAGAAGGUAGCAGGAGGAGCUGUCGUGAUUGGAUGUGAGAAUAAGGAUCAAGCGGAAAAGCUGAAGGACGAAGUUGCAAGGGAUCUAGGGGAUGAAUAUGAAGUGCAAGCACCAAGGAGGAGGAAAAUGAAAUUGAAGAUAUUUGAUGUGGACAAGGAGGAUUGCGAGGAUGAACAGGGUUUCUGGGAAAAAAUAAGAGAUCAAAAUGAACUGCGGAUGAACUCCAUUGAAAGGAAAAUAAUACAUAAGGUGGUGAGAGCAAAUUCGAAGAGGAUGACGGUGGUGGCGGUGGUGAAUGCGGAAACAAGAGAGAGAUUUCUACAACUGGAAAAGUUAAAAAUUGGUUGGAAUAUAUGCAGAGUACAAGACUAUGUAGGGAUUUUAAGGUGUUUUAAGUGUUGUGGUUAUUAUCACUUUGCGAAAGAUUGUUCAAAAUUAAAAGAAAUAUGCGGAAAAUGUGCAGAUCAACAUGCGACGAAAGAUUGUAAUAGCAAGACAAGAAAGUGCAUUAAUUGUGAGGAAAAAAUUAGGGUUUAUAAUAUUAAAAACUUAAAGACGGAUCACUCGUCGUACGAUAAUAAUUGUCCAUGUCUAAGGAAAGAAAUGAAAAAGCAAAGAGACAGAAUUCAAUGUAAUUAGCAAUUAACGGAUGUAAAUAGGAAAAGAGGCAAGUAAUAUGCUUAAAUGCGCAGGGUUUCUUAAUGCACAAGGAUGAAAUAGAGAAUGUCUUGAUAAGGAGAUAUAAACCUAGUAUAAUAGGAUUUACAGAAACGCAUGUAACGAAGAAAAUAGAGGAUCAUGAAUUAAACAUCAGUGAUUAUGUAUGCGUGCGAGGUGAUUCAGAAUCUAGCAGAACAGGAGGGGUACUGUUAUAUAUAGAUAGAAGAAUUAAAUUUGAUAUAAUAGCGAUAAAAAAUUGUGAGAAGAAGUGGUGGAUAAUAUCAGUUAAAAUUAAGGAUAAAGAUUAUAUAGGUACAAUUAUGGUAGUUUACAAUUCGCCAAAUGGUAGUGAAAAUGGCUUUAUUGAUUAUAUUGAAGAAGAAUGCGUCAACAAUAUGCAGAAUGAUAACGUGAUAAUCAUGGGAGAUUUUAAUAUAUUGGGUUGGCCAAAAAGUAA